AUUUGCCCUCGGAGCGAACAGAAACCAGCGCCGCUGCCGUUUUUGGUUUGCCUUUUGCGCCUGUACGGGGAGAGCGGAGCCGCAGCGGGCCCAGAGUGAAGAGUCUUGUCUCAGGGAAAAGAAACGCUGAGUUCCUACGGUGCUGGGAAGGAGGAUGGUGCACGCCGAGGCGUUCUCGCGGCCCCUGAGCAGGAAUGAGGUGGUGGGGCUGAUCUUCCGCCUGACCAUCUUUGGGGCCGUCACCUAUUUCACCAUCAAGUGGAUGGUGGAUGCCAUUGACCCCACCAGGAAGCAGAAAGUGGAAGCUCAAAAGCAGGCUGAAAAGCUGAUGAAGCAAAUAGGAGUGAAGAAUGUCAAGCUGACUGAGUAUGAGAUGAGCAUUGCUGCCCACCUGGUGGACCCACUCAGCAUGCACGUCACCUGGAGUGAUAUUGCAGGCUUAGAUGAUGUCAUCACAGAUUUGAAAGACACUGUCAUUUUGCCCAUCAAGAAGAAAUAUUUGUUUGAGAAUUCCAGGCUCUUACAGCCCCCAAAAGGAGUCCUUCUCUACGGCCCCCCUGGAUGUGGGAAAACCCUGAUUGCCAAAGCUACGGCCAAGGAAGCUGGGUGUAGGUUCAUCAACCUCCAGCCCUCCACACUGACAGAUAAAUGGUAUGGAGAAUCCCAAAAACUGGCUGCUGCUGUCUUCUCCCUGGCCGUAAAGCUCCAGCCAUCCAUCAUUUUUAUUGAUGAAAUAGAUUCCUUCCUGCGAAACCGAUCGAGCACCGACCACGAGGCCACAGCCAUGAUGAAAGCCCAGUUCAUGAGUCUGUGGGAUGGGCUGGACACCGACUACAACUGCCAGGUGAUUGUGAUGGGAGCCACCAACCGGCCCCAGGACCUGGACUCUGCCAUCAUGAGGAGGAUGCCCACCCGCUUCCACAUCAACCAGCCCGCUCUGAAGCAAAGAGAGGCGAUCUUGAAGCUGAUUUUGAAGAAUGAAAAUGUGGACAGCCAUGUGGAUCUGCUGCAGGUGGCCAAGGAGACCGACGGCUUCUCGGGCAGCGACCUGAAGGAGAUGUGCCGGGACGCGGCGCUGCUCUGCGUGCGGGAGUACGUCAACAACGCCUGCGAGGAGGACGUGCACGAUGAAGAUGAGAUCCGGCCCGUGCAGCAGCAGGAUCUCCACAGGGCCAUCGAGAAGAUGAGGCAAUCCAAGGAUGUCUCCAUGCAGAACCUGGCCAUGGGGAUCGUGUUGGAUUAAGGCAAAAGAGUGUGUUUGCAGUUCCUGAUGUGAUUUAGUUUGACUUCUGUAAUCAGUUAGCAAAACCAGUGUCAGGGGGUGGGAGCAGGGGUGGCAAAGGGAGUUCUACGUUUUUAUACAACAACAACCUCUAAGUUAUUGCAAUUCCAACUGGAAGUGGAAGCACAGAUCAUGAGUGGAACAGUGCAGCCCAGACUAAGAGCGAGUGCCUGUGUGUUGUCCUUAGGGAUCCCUUGGAGCCUUCCAGCAGGAGUGGGUGGUCCCAGGGAAGAGGACAGGACCUGGCACGGGCUGUGUGUGUACAGAUGGGUGUGUGAGUGCAAGACCUGUACAUAGCCACACUUUUUUUUAUAUAUAGACAUAAUCUGUAGAUAACUUGAGUAUGGAAAAUCUUUUCUACUUCUUGAAGCAAACCAAAUCCGAAGCCGCGUAGGGGAAAGAUUCCUCGAUACUCAGUUCACUUCUACCUUUUAGCAGAAUAGAAACUGCUCCUAGAACAAAGCAACAUUUGAAAUGCUACUGAUUUUUCUUCCACAUGACCACUUGAAAUCUGGUGCCAUUUAGUCAAGAUAGUAAACUACUCUGUAAGAAUGUUUGAAUACUUUUAAUUUUUUAUGAAUUCUGCUUUUGAAGGCUUUUUAAAUGAAGGCUGAUUUUAUUUUUGGUUUUCCCUUCCUGUGAGCACUUAGAGUAGAAUCCCACUGGCUCUUCCCUGAAGCCCUAUGCCCUCUGAGCUCUCUGAAGCCCGAGCUUUCUGAGCUCCUGUGCACUGUCCCAAGGACUUGCUUCUCCCUCGGUUUCUGCAAGCCCCACUGUGGCACCAUCCCCUGAAGUGUCACAGCCCCGAGGCACAGCAGGGACACUGUAUGAUAUUUGACUCUGUCCCAUGCUCAGAUCUGUGAAUUUAAAGAGGAGGAAAUGGGUUUUGGGCUUAUUGAUGUGGUUUAGCAACGUGCUGUUCUUGCUGGUACCAGUUCUGGUGAAUUCUUGUAACGUUCUGUUGUGAUAAAGGCCAAGGGUUACAAUUGUGAGUGGCAAAAAUGUUUUGGUU